AAAACAAAGCGUGGACCAGCCGGCCGCACGGAAGUGGUCUAGUGUCGGUAGCAUAGUAUGUUAGAAAUGAGGGCUGCUACCCAUCUAAAAUUCAGUUAGCUCCAUUGAAAGAUAUUUUUUAUUAUUUAUUAACAGUUAUUUAUUGUGAAUAAUAGUAUUCCCAUAUCGGAUGAACUAAAGUAAACCAAGCUAGCGUGCCUGUUGUAGCUUUACGCAUACAAGCAGCCAUGCCGCCCUACUCUGAACUGAGGAAAACCAACUACUUCUACUACUUCAUCAAAUUCACCUUAAAUAUAUACUCUAUGCUCUUCUCGCUAAUGGGCCUCUGUGUACUAUGUGUGGGGGUCUACGCUGAAGUGGAGAGGCAGAAGAAUAGAACCCUGGAGGGCCUUUUUCUAGCUCCUGCUGUGGUUCUGAUCCUGCUGGGCCUGGUGAUGUUUACGGUGUCGGUGGUGGGCAUGGUUGGAUCGCUAAGGGACAACAAGACGCUGCUUCACAUGUUCCUCUGUGUUCUCUGCGUGCUGCUACUCCUCCAGGCGAUUGCUCUCACCACGGCUCUCAUCUUUGAAAAGAAGACAUCCGCCUUGUUCCAGAGCAGCAUAAGAGAAGGAAUCAAACACUACUACGACGAUCUGGACUUCAAGAACAUCCUGGACUAUGUGCAACAAAAGUUUUCAUGCUGUGGAGGGGACGAUUUUAAGGACUGGGGUGUUAACCAGUAUCAUUUCUGCAAUGGUACGGGUCCACUGGCCUGUGGGGUUCCUUAUACCUGUUGUGUUCAUCGUAAGGAGGUGGGAGAGGUCAUCAACACUCUAUGUGGCUACAACACUCUGAGUCAGCAGCGUGAAACCCUACACGAGUUGAUCCACGUGCGAGGCUGCAUCCACGCAGUCAACCUCUGGAUGAGCGACAACAUUGGAAUAACCACUGCUCUCUGCUGCGCUAUUGGGCUACCUCAGCUGCUGGGCAUCAUUCUGAGUUGCGUCUUCUGGAACCUCCUGGUGGACAUGAGCCAGUCGGCCGACAUGGUGGACUUCAAGCUGAAGAAGUCUGAGGUUAAUUACAGCGAGCUGGACCUCGCAGGGGCGGGCUGGUGUAUGUGCUUGCCAAGGGAUGGUGGCUACCUUCCAGUACCUGCCUCUGAGCCUGACCUGGACCCCAUCGACGCUCAUCUAGAGAAGCUGAAAAAGCAGCCGACCCGCACGCACGCUCAGCUCAGAGAGAUGCAGCAGUCUAGAUCAACGACCGGGCUGGAUGAGGUAGACAUUGUCCGGAAGCAGAAAAGGGAACACUGAGCGCUCUUUUUGCCUUUGGGUUUUUUGCCUUUUUUUUCAUUGUAAUCAAUUGUUGAGUUGUGGUGCAUUAUAUUAUGGUUGCUUGUGUCAGUCAUUGGAACAAGAGACAUUCGGGCAAAUAAAGAGAUCAAAGUUCUUCGGCACUUUGUGCCAAAUUUACAACUGUGCAACACUGGGCUUCUAAAAAAAAAACAUCCUUUGUCUUGUUUGUAACGGUGGAUAUUCAAGCAUUUAUCGAAUCACACUUAAUUUAUUUAAUUUUUAGCCUUUCAAAAUGAGAUAUGUCUCAUGUGCUAAAGCAUACCUCAGGCUGUUUGAAGAUAGCCCAGUAGUCCGAGCACAGUAUGUGGUGUCUAAGGUAACGGUAGCUUGGAGAUGUUUAAAGUGUCUGAGAAGUAGGAUUAGCCACGUUUGUCUUGAGUGUAGCAUCUGUGUCAGGUGUGUACAGCUAGUGCAUUACUUUGUUUUCUAUGAUUUUAAAUUUAAUUUAAAAUUUGAUUAUGUGCAAUCAGUGUACAGUGUAAGACUGAUAGUUGGUGAAUAACAUGGGAUGCAUGUUUUGUACUGCAUAUGAAGAAAAUAAAAAAUAAAGGUAAAAAAUAAGUUUACAUGUUAGGCUCUCAUCAGGGGGGCUUUAGUCUUUUCCAUUUUUAAACUUCACUUUUUAUUCCAUCUUUUAAUGUAUAAAGCAAAGGGAUCAUCAAACUACAAACCCGUGAAAAGCUCAUCGAAAAUGUUUUUCUUCUUUUUUGGUAUUAAACUUGUGCACUGUUUUUAGCUUCCCCCUAGCUGCUGCCUUGUAUCAGCACUACUAUCCCUGUCAAUAAAGCCGAAUUUGUGUACUGAG